CACUGAGCAAUAGCGGUCAGAGCGAAGGAAUGCGCAAGCGCGAUGCCGCGCGGGAUGGGGGCAGGGUUUGAAUGAGGUCGAGUUCGAGCUCUCGUCGGAUCGCAGGAGCAGUGGCGACAUGCCGGUCUUCACAGUAAACGUCAAAUGGGGGAAGGAGAAAUUUGAUGGAUUAGAGUUGAACACUGAUGAUCCACCUGUAGUUUUCAAGGCACAGUUAUUUGCAUUAACUGGAGUUCAGCCUGAAAGACAGAAGGUUAUGAUUAAAGGAGGCACACUAAAGGAUGAUGAAUGGGGCAGCGUCAAGAUAAAGAGUGGGAUGACCUUGUUAAUGAUGGGAUCAGCAGAAGCAUUGCCCGAAGAACCAGUUGUACGUCCGACUUUUAUGGAAGACAUGACGGAAGAGCAGCUAGCUUCAGCUAUGGAUCUUCCAUGUGGGCUCACCAAUCUUGGAAACACUUGCUACAUGAAUGCCACAGUUCAGUGUCUACGAUCAGUGCCCGAACUCAGGGAUACUCUUAAACGAUAUAAAGGUGCCUUGAGAACUUCAGUAGCUAUGACACCUCCACAGUACAUCACAGCAGCUUUUCGAGACUUGUUUGAUUCAAUGGAUAAAACAUCCUCUAGCAUUCCGCCUAUAAUUCUACUUCAGUUUCUUCACAUGGCCUUCCCACAGUUUGCAGAAAAAGGGGAUCAAGGACAAUAUCUUCAGCAGGAUGCCAAUGAGUGUUGGAUACAGAUAAUGAGAGUGCUACAGCAGAAACUUGACCCUAUAGAAUCGCCAGUGGAGACUAAUUCGGAGGGAGCAACAUCUUCAACAAACAAGAGAAACUUUAUUGAUCAGUUCUUUGGAAUAGAAUAUGAAACGUCCAUGAGGUGCACUGAAACAGAUGAUGAGGAAGUGACAAAGGGCAAGGAAACACAACUUCAACUUAGCUGUUUUAUUAAUCAAGAAGUUAAAUACCUUUUUACAGGCCUGAAGUUGCGCCUUCAUGAAGAGCUCACCAAACAUUCCCCUACAUUGCAAAGAAAUGCUUUGUAUAUAAAAUCUUCUAAAAUUCGGCGUUUGCCUGCAUACCUUACAGUUCAGAUGGUGAGAUUUUUCUACAAGGAAAAAGAGUCUGUAAAUGCCAAAGUUCUCAAGGAUGUCAAGUUUCCUCUAAUGCUGGACGUAUAUGAACUUUGUGUACCAGAGCUACAGGAGAAAAUGAUUCCACACAGGUCAAAAUUCAAGGAGCAAGAAGACCAGAAGGUUAAUAUGCAGACAAUGAAGGCUGACACAAAAAAUGGAAGUGGAGAACCCAAAGAGGUCAAAUAUGCUCCAUUUUAUUUCCCUGACGAUUUAGGCUCAAAUAACAGUGGAUAUUAUGAUCUAAUGGCAGUGCUAACACAUCAAGGCAGAUCAAGUUCAUCUGGUCAUUAUGUAGCUUGGGUUAGAAGAAAAUCAGAUGAGUGGAUCAAAUUUGAUGACGAUAAAGUCAGUGUUGUGGCACCUGAAGAUAUUCUGAAGUUGUCUGGUGGAGGUGACUGGCACAUAGCCUAUGUUCUACUAUAUGGCCCUCGUAGACUAGAAAUAAUUGAAGAUGACGCUCCACAGUGAUGUCGUGAUUGAGCAUAACUAGCUUAAUUUUCAUUAUCCUGCAUGGCUAUUAAUGUUUUAUGAUGCCUUCCCUUUUUGUAGCUUACCUUAAGUAAAACUGAAAAAGGAAGGUGUUGCCUCAGCUGUGUUUCUGAUACUGCUUCACGUCAUCGACCACACCUUUUACAAACUGGGUGUUAGUUGGGGAUGGCCUGUGGAUGUGAUCUAGUCUUAAUUCUGACAUUUCUCUCUGGAAUAAUAAUAAAAAAAUCCAUAAUA